AAGUAUAGUAUCGUUUCCAUGGAAACGGUAAGAGUACGUCACAUGGAUCAACUCAUUGAAGAACGUAGCAGUGUAUUAUAUAUGAGAUGACGGAAUGUAAUGAAAAAAAUAACGUACUGAAUAUAAAUAUUUUGUAGAAGAAAAUACGUUUCUAUUUGAUGGAGGAAGAUGGCGGUAAAAGAAUGAGAGGCAGAGCUCGAGGUAGAGCCCGUGGUCGUGCUCGUGGCAGGACUAGAGGAAGAACAAAGAAACAAGUUAAAGUAAUUGAAAGCGAUGAAGAAGAUACACCCCAACAAACAGAAGAAACUCCAGCAGAAGUUACAACUGGUGAACCAGAGGAACAUGAACCGCCACCAUUGCAGCAAGCUCCUUUGGAGCAACAAUUCGAUUUGGAAGCGGAUAUAUCACAACUGGAAGCACCAACUUUUACAACCAUUAAUAGAGGACCUCCUGAACCAAUGUUACGUUUAAGAUGGGACCAUCGUGUUAAUCUCAUUGGUGAAAAAGUUCUUAAUCCUAUGAUACAUUGUUGCGACAAGUGUCUGAAACCUAUUCUUAUUUAUGGACGUAUGAUACCUUGUAAACAUGUAUUUUGUUUAUCUUGUGCCAAACGAGAAGAUAAAGUUUGCCCACGUUGUAUGGAAAAAGUUUCCAGAGUAGAACAAACAGGUUUGGGUACUGUAUUCAUGUGUACUCAUGGAGGAACAAGGUAUGGAAAUGCUGGUUGUAGAAGAACAUAUCUUAGUCAACGAGAUUUGCAGGCACAUAUUAAUCAUCGACAUAUAUCUGCUCCUCCACAACCGGUUCAGGGAAUGCAAGUUGAACCUCCCCAAUACGUGCAUUCUAAAUCAGAUAUCGAAUCACAAUUGUCUAAAGUGUCUUCUGUUUCAAUGCAGAAUACACGAAUAAAGUCAGUGCAAUCUCACAUGGUGCAACCCAUUAUGGGAAAUGAUCCAAGAGUGAACUCAAUGGUGAACCAACAAUCUGUGGAACAUAGGCAGCAACAUAGACCUCAAACAAUCAUAUCUAUGCAAAAUUAUCCACAAAAUUCUGCACCACCUCCUCCAAGUAAUGGACCUAUGCGAACUAAUCUCAUAACUGUACCUAUUCAAGAUACUACUAUGACGACACAUGAAAUUCAUUCGCAACAAGGUCAUCAUUAUUAUCCUCCUCCACCUCCACAAGUGAAUUAUGGAACAUACAAUGUUCCACCACCUGUUUCACAGACACAGCAAUAUUACCCACAAGCUCAACAUCCAACACAAGUAUCUUAUGUGCCACAACCUCCAUCUCAGCAGCAAUAUGUAUCUUCCGCUCCAACUUCAAUAAGGCCAUCCCCUACAGGAUAUAUACAAGAUCCACAAUAUGGUCCACCACCACCACAACAACCACCACCACCACCACAACCUCAGUGGUCACAACAUCAGCAACAAUUUUAUAGAUAAGAAUUAAUGAUACUAUUUAGUGAUCAUUGUGAAAACUGCAUUAAGGUGUUGUGAUAAAACUAACAUGGAUAAUAUACAGCGAAUUGUAUAAACUUAUUGCCAAUGUGAAUUUCAUUGGCUUUUAGGAAAAAAUAAUCUUGAAAUAUUUUAUACUUUUUAAGAGUAUAUAUAAUAUAACCAUGAUAUAAAGCUACUAAAAUUAUGGCUCUAUAGCAAUAAAAAAAUGUUUUAAUUAUACAAAUAAUUUGUUUUAAUACCUGCUACUAUAUUUUUCAUGAUGAAAUAUUUUAUUACAUCAUAAAAAUCAUUUUUCGUUUAAUAUGUUUUACUAUUUAAGUAUUGAUGCAAACCUUACAACGUACACGUGAUAUAGCAAUAAUUUUAUAAACAAAAGGAAAAUUUUUUCGUUUUUUAAAAAAUAAAUUUUUCUUAACAUGAUUCUAUAAAUACAUGCACAUAUAUAAGUAGAAUUCAAAGUAUGAAACUGAUUUUUUUGUUUUUAGACUUUAAUAUUGAUAGGAUUUUAACUGUUAUAACUUAUGUACAAAACUAACUAUAUAUAACAUGUAUAUAUAUAAUGUGUAAUAAUGAUUAUUACAUUAUUUUCUUAAAAUAUACCCAACGACUUUAACAAAUGUUCAUUCAUACUUAUAAUUUUAGCCUUUCAUAUUUCAACAGUAGCUAUACCUUCAAUAAUAAAUAUUAAUUGACUAAAGAGUUUUUAAAAUAGAAUUACUUAAAAAAUGUGUUGUGAAAAUUAAGUGAAAGGCUAAGAUUAUAAAAAACAUUCAUACAUUGACAGAAUGUUUUCACAUCAUACAUAAAAAUAGUUUUGAACCAUAUUCUAUCACACAAUCGUAUGUAUAACCACUGCUUCUUUUCAAUGUCUUGUUCCCAUCUCAUUACAUGUCGUAUUUUAUGUAUUUACAACUCAUUCGAUUUAUUUACAUCAGUCCAUCAAGAUAGUUUUUCCCUUUUUUUAAAUUACAUCAUGACUUUUCUAUCUUCACAAUCUGUUUAUGUAUUGUGUAUUUUUUUAGAGUAGUUACUUUAUCUGUAAUAAUCAUUGCAGUAUUAGCUGCAUUUGAUAUUAAGCAAUAUAGAAGUCCCUCAUUUUACUUCAACAUACAAAGAUUUGGAAUGUAUGUAAUACAUGCAUGUGCAAUAACAUAUUAAUAUGAUGAUUGUGAAUCUAAUAAUAAUCAAAUUACUUGAUAUCUCAAAUAUUAAUUUUUCAAGGUUUUCAUUAUCGAAAUAUGAAAUUCAACAUAGAUUCUACCAUCAAAGAUAAUUGUUGCAAAAAAGAUUCUAAUGAUAUUAUAUCAAUGAAAAGAUAAUAUAAAAAAGAAACUAUCAUAAUAUACUUAUGCAUGUUAAUUUGAUCACAAGUAUUUAUAUAGUGUGUCUCAAUUAAGUUGAAUAUCAAAAUUAUUUCUGCCACUAUAGAAAGUAAGAAAAAAUGACUAAGAAAAGUUUAUGUGGAUUUAGGACGUGCAUCUGGUGAUAACAAAAAAUAUCCUUUCAAAAUCAUUUUGAAUGCCAUUUCAAAAUCAUUGUCGUUUUUUUUUUCAUAUUAACCAAUUCUUGUGAAUUUUUUUUUUACUUAAGAUCAUUCAAUUCAUCUAAAUGUCACAUUAUAAAAAAAACAGAUGUUAAUAUGCAAAUUAUAUAAACUUCUAUUAAUUAUUUUUUCUUAAUUUCAAUAGCAGCAGAAAUAAUUUAGAUAUUUAACUUAAUUGAGACAUCCUAUGUAUCAUGAAUGAGCUGUAAAUUAUAUAAGAUAUUAUUUACUCGAAAACUAUGCUACUGAUUUCAAUGUGUAUAUGUUCUUUGUAUUGCCAGUCUAAUUUAUUGAAAAUAUUUUCUCAAUUGUGGUAGUAAAAAGUUUACCAUUUAAAAAAUUUGUAUCUUUCUUUAUGUCUGAAGGUGUAUCUAAUGGGAAUGUCCGACUGUUGUACUGGAAGCCAUUUUUCAUUUUCAUCAUUUAUCAAUCUUCCAGUGGUUUUCUAUUAAACUUUAGACGGAACAGCAUUAUAAAGCUACGAGGUUAUUUCCUCGCAAAACAUUUAAAUUAUUGUAUUAUUUAUCAACAGUCGCUGAUUAUGUAAAUAGAUUCCAUAAUCUUUAGCAACGAAGAUCAUGGUUUCUGUUGGAAAACAGCAUCACAAGUUUCACAGAGAUAUAUCUAAUACUUCCUAUUUUUUAAGAAUCUUCUAAAGAUCAUUAUGUUUUAAUAUAUAUAAUAUGGCAUUAUAUCUAACAACAUUAUAUAUACCUCAAGUUUUAUU